GACAGGGGGACUGUCGACGGAGGCCAGCCGUUGCGCGUGGGCGUCGUGCUCUCUGGCGGGCAAGCUUCUGGAGGCCACAACGUCAUUGCCGGCGUGUAUGACUACAUCAAAUCGGUGCAUCCGGACUCGGAACUUCUGGGGUUCGCCAACGGCCCGAAGGGCGUCUUUACCGGCAAAUACUACGUCGUCGAUGCAGCUUUCAUGGACGCUUAC